AUGGCUGGGCCACAGUACCAGAACCCUCCCCAGGCGCCACCGCUCUUUACGGGCACAACGGAAUCGGUAGUCGCCGACAUAAACAAGAACAAUGAGCUCACCAAGAGCAUACUGGACAAAGUGGUGGCUGAUGUGAAGCCUGAGAAUGCUACUUUUGAUAACGUUCUCGAACCGGCCUUGGUGAGUGAGAACGAGCUAGGAGUAAGCUAUCGCAUUUCCAUGUUCUAUCAGUAUGUUUCCGCUGCCAAGGAGCUCAGGGAAGCUUCCACCAAGGCUCAGGAAAUUUCGGAUGAGUUCAAUAUUGAGCUCAAGAUGAGAGAGGACGUCUUCAAGCUGGUUGAUGCUGCGUUUAAUACCCGGGAAUCCCAGAAGCUUGAUGCGGAGUCUCAGCACCUGUUACAGAAGGAACGCCAAAAGUAUAUCCGCAAUGGGCUUUUGUUGCCUGCUGGCCCCCAGCGGGAUCGGUUCAAAGAGAUUCAGAAGCGACUUAGCUUGCUCUGCCUUCAGAGCCAGAAGAACCUAAAUGACGAAAUGGGUGGUGUUUGGUUUACUCCGGAGCAGCUCGAGGGCGUGCCAUCAGAUGACAUUGAUAUCAGCCAGCUCGAGAAAGGAACUGGUGAGAAUGAGGGCAAGGUCAAGGUCACAUUCAAAUACACCCAUUUCUUCCCCAUGAGCAAGUAUGCUAUUCACGAGGACACCAGACGAACCUAUGUCAUGGCCGAGACGAACAAGGUCAACAACAAUGUUCCAUUGUUUCACGAAAUCAUUGCACUUCGAGAUGAAGCUGCUCGCAUGCUUGGAUUUGCCGACCACGCCAGCCUGGUCAUUUCUGAAAAGAUGGCCAAGACUACCAGCCGAGUCACUGAAUUUCUUGGCGACUUGCGAGAGCGACUUGCUCCAGGUGGUGCGAAGGAGGCCGACCGCCUUCUCGAGUACAAAAAGCAAGAUUGCGAGGCUCGUGGUGCGCCAUUCGAUGGAAACCUGUACAUGUGGGACGUCCCAUUCUACUCUAGGAUCAUGAAGGAGAAGGAAUAUAGCGUCGAUGAGGCAGAGAUUUCCCAGUACUUCCCUGUUGACUCCACGUAUCAAGGCAUGAUCAAGAUCUUUGAGCAGAUUUUUGGUUUUGUCUUUGUCGAACUUAGCAAGGAGGACCGUGCAAGGCUAAGCCCCACGGGCAAGGCCGAAGAUAUCACCUGGCAUGAGGAUGUUAUCGUGUAUUCCGUCUGGGACGAUGAAGCUGCGGGCAGCGGAUUUUGCGGAUACCUCUACCUGGACCUCCACCCCAGAGAUAACAAGUACAGUCACAAUGCCAACUUCAACAUUGAACCUGGCUAUCUCAAAAAGGACGGUACCCGCAACUACCCUGCUACUGCUCUGGUAUGCAACUUUAGCAAACCAAGCGCCACCAAACCCGGUCUUCUGAAGCACCACGAGGUUGUCACUCUCUUCCAUGAGCUCGGUCACGGCAUCCACGACCUGGCCGCUCGCACCAAAUACAGCUACUUCCACGGCACCAGCGUUGCAGGGGACUUUGUUGAGGCGCCCUCGCAAAUGCUGGAGAAUUGGUGCUGGACCCCGAGCGUGCUCAAGUUCCUUUCGCGACGAUGGGACACCAAUGAGAAGAUUCCAGAUGAUAUGAUUGAGAAACUGGUCAAAACGAAGCACUUCAACUCAGCUACUGCCAAUCUCACGCAGUUGCUGUACGGCCUCUUCGACAUGACCGUCCACACACCCAAGACUCACGAGGAGGCAAAGAACAUGCCCAUCACCAGGGUGUGGAACGAGUUCCGCCGUGACAUUACUGGAAUCAAGGGUCCCGAAGCCCAAGGAAAAGGACUGGAAUGGGGCAACAGAUUUGCCACUAUCGGGCACUACACUGGUGGUUACGAUGCUGGGUACUAUGGCUACCUGUACUCACAGGUCUUCUCCCUUGACAUGUUCCACUCAUUCUUCAAGAAGGACCCCAUGGACGGCAAGGAGGGUCGUAGAUAUCGCCAGCUAGUUCUCGGCCGUGGCGGCAGCCAGGAAGAGCUUCAGACCCUGAAGGACUUUUUAGGCAGAGAACCUAGCACUGAGGCCUUCUACCAGGAACUUGGGCUAGCUUAA